AACCAGAGACUGUGCCAAAUCUCGGGAAAUUGCGCUUCAAAUAUCGGAAGGAAAAUACUUCUCUUUAGGCGGACGGAGCUGGAAAUCUAAAGUUUCCGGAUCGAGGAAGGGAUUUUUCCCUGAAGGAAUGUUUGAGCCAUGUCCUUCAGCUCCCGGAUCGCUAAAGUCAGCUACAGGAACAGACCCACCCAGCCCUCUGCGCCUGGGGAGUCACUCAAGGAGAUGCAGCAAAAGCUGAAAGAGGAGCGUGAGGCUAAGCGCGCCCAGCUAGAUGGAAGACAUGACUACAUCCUCAGUAUUGUGGCUUCAUGCCUGGCUAUGGAGAAAGCUGAAGUGGAAGACGCCGUACUGGAAGGGAAUCAGAUUGACCGCAUGGAGCAGUUCUUUGUGGUGGACGGUCUUCCACACCUUAUGUUCUACUAUCAGGAAACUGAACCAGUGGAAGCAGCAGCAGCAGCAGCCUCUGCGCCCACCCACUUCGGUGUACAACAGCCCGGUCGCAGCAAGAAGUCUAAAGUGUUUGUAACAGAUGGCAGGGAUGUGGCCCUGACCGGAGUUUGUGUCUUCUUCACCAGAGCCAACACAUCGAAAGCAAUCACCUCCGAGAACAUGCACAGAGAUGUGAAUUUCAACAUGUUGGACACGACAGAGGUGGGUCUGUUAAAAAGCGUCGAGCAGUUGCUCUCUGAGAUCUUCAUCCCCACGCUGAGGAAGAUGAACCAUGGGUGGGGGGAGCUGGCCAGUCCCCAGGCUCAGACCGUCAAACAGGACUUCAUAUCCUCAUUGGAGGGCUUUGUGUCGGUUUUGGCUGGAGCACAGGAGAGCCUGCAAGAAAAGGUUACCUUGAAAGAGUGUGACACGUUUGACUUGCGGGUGCUGAAAGGCCCGUCGGACUACAUGGCAGCAGCCAACAGCACGGAGACCACAGAAAGGAUAGAGUCCUGCAUGAAAGUGUGGAUCAAGCAGAUAGAACAGGUUCUAGCUGAGAGUGACCAGCUUCGAAAGGAGGCGGAUGACCUCGGCCCUCGCGCUGAACUGGACCACUGGAAGAAACGGAUGUCCCGCUUCAAUUACCUCCUGGACCAGCUGAAGAGCCCCGAUGUCAAGGCUGUGCUUGGUGUGCUCUUGAUGGCCAAGUCUAAACUCAUAAAGUCGUGGAAAGAACUGGACACUAGGAUCACUGAUGCAGCCAACGAGGCCAAAGACAAUGUCAAGUACCUGUACAGCCUGGAGAGGUUUUGUGACCCUCUCUACAACAGUGACCCUGUGUCAAUGGUAGAUGCAAUCCCAGGUCUGAUCAAUGCCAUCAGGAUGAUUCACAGUAUCUCUCGCUACUACAACACAUCGGAAAAGAUUACAUCACUUUUCGUCAAGGUGACAAACCAGAUGAUCACAGCCUGCAAGGCCCACAUCACAAAUAAUGGCCUCAAUUCAAUAUGGGACCAGCCUCACGAAGUUGUUGUUGACAAAAUCAAAGCUGCCAUCCACCUAAACCAGGAGUACCAGCGGUGUUUCCAUAAAACCAAGGAGAAGCUGGAGCAGACCCCCUCAGAGAGACAGUUCGACUUCAGUGAGAUGUACAUUUUUGGGAAGUUUGACACGUUCCAGCGACGACUGAACAAGAUUCUGGAAAUGUUCAGCACCAUCUCCACUUACUCUGCCCUACAAGACUCCAAGAUAGAAGGACUGGAGACCAUGGCCACCAGAUUUCAAACUGCAGAGAUGCAGGGGAAUUGGGAGGCUAUUGUGCUGAACAUGAAGAAAAAACACUACAGUUUCCUGGACCAGAGAAGAACCGACUUUGAUGUUGACUACGAGGAAUUCUGCAAAAGCACCUUUGAGCUCCAUAAUCAGCUGAAGAGUUUCAUGGACAGCACCUUUGAAAAAAUUCAAAAUACAGAAAGAGCUCUAAACGUGCUGAAGAAAUUUGAAAGACUGGGCAUUCCAGACCUCGGCAUUGACGAGAAGUAUCAGCGCAUUCUGCAGAACUAUGGCCGGGACAUUGAAAUGGUCUCCCGCAUCUACAUGAAGCAGAAACUCGACCCCCCCAUCGGCAGGGACUUGCCCCCAGUGGCGGGUCGGAUCAUGUGGGCUCGGCAACUGUACAGCCGAAUCCAGACUCCCAUGGAUCUCUUUCAGCAGCAUCCAGGAGUUCUCUCCACACCAGAGGCGAAGAGGAUCAUCAGGAACUUUAACAGGGUGGCAAGGGUUCUGUUGGAGUUUGAGAUGCUCUACCAUCACAACUGGAUGGAAAAGAUGGAGGAUGUCAGGGUGGGGCUGCAGGCCUCCCUACUGGUCAGGUCUCCAGCGACAGGGGAGCUGUUUGUCAACUUUGACCCAGAGAUUCUGACCCAGAUCAGGGAGGUGAACUGCAUGACGAGGAUGAAUUUGGAGAUCCCUCCUUUUGCUGCUCUGCUGCAGCUGAAGCAGGACGCCCUCAAAAAGAACUACAACAAAUUACAGCUGAUGCUGAGUGAGAACACCAGAGUGCGUGCUAAGAUUCAGAGUGUUUUUGAACAGCUGGCCACACCGCAUGUCGCGAAGGUGGAUGAGGCUAUACAGCCAGGUUUGACCUCCCUCAACUGGACAUCUUUGAACAUAGAGAAGUAUCUCAGCCGCAUUGACAAGGCAUUGGUCGAUCUGGAGCUGUUGAUGGAUAGAGUGAACGACCUGGUGGAGUUUAGGAUUGAUGCAGUACUGCAGGAGAUGAGUGUGUCCACGCUGUGUGUUCUUCCGGAGGAUGAGCCGGUCACUUGUGAGGAGUUUGUUCAAACCACGAGGGACCUUUGCAUCAGACGAGCCCAGAAUCUCAACACUAAGAGCUCACUGGUGGAGGAGGCUGCCAACGAACUGAUCAACAUGCUGCUGGAGUUUGACCACAAUCAAAGAGAGGAGGUGGAGAAGGUUGAAGAAGACAGCUGCACCGGGAGCAAGACUGUAGACCAUGUCGACAGCGAAGCUGACGAGGAGGGUCGCUCGGAGGGCCGUCUCUUCUCCAGAAACACGCUGGGCCCUCCUGCUAGCGUCGGCCCAUCCUCCCCCUUGGUGAGGAAGAGGAAAAAGAGGGAUCUGAUGGAAGUGAUGGAAGAAGAAGCCCAGGAGCUACUCUCGUACUUCAACCACCGCAACGUGGAUGCCUUGCUCAGAGUGACACGCAACACCCUGGAGAUGCUGCGCAAGCGCAUACACACCUCCUCACACGUGCAUUUCUCUGCCGAGAGCGACUCACCCAGCCGUGGCAAAUACAGUGGUCAGCAGGCUAUUUUCAGAGUUGACGUGACCCUGUCCAUCCCUAACAUCUCCAUGGUUCCUGCUCUGGAGGAGGUCCAGCAGGCUCUAAACCGAGCUGUAGAGUGUGUGGUCAGUGUCAGCAAAGGAGUCAGCCAAUGGAGCAAAGAAAGGAUCUCAAAGCGAAAGAUGAAUGAAAGGCGGAUGGCGGCUCUCAAACAAGACAGUUCUGAGAGUGAGUCCGAGGAUGGAGCAACAACGUACAGGAGCCUGGCUGAAUGCAGCACCUCAGACAUUUCAGCAUCGGUGAUCCAGACCAUCCCAUUCCAAGCCAGAAACUACUACAAGAGUGUGUCCGAGAACAAAGAGAUAGUCAAGCUGGUGUCUGUCAUCAGCACCUCCAUAACCUCCACCAAAAAGGAAGUGGUGACUGCUCUAGACCGCUUCAGUCGUUAUCAUCACAUCUGGAGAAAGGACCGUGAAGACACCAUCCGGAGAUUCAUCCAGGGGAGUCCCUUGUUAUCUGAGUUCGAGAGCCAGAUCCUUUUCUAUCGAGAUCUGGAGCUGGAAAUAAACUCUGAGCCUGAAUACAUCACUGUGGGAGCCUUGGCCCUAUUCACAUCCUCCCUAAAGAUGUCCCUCACUGCGGAAACCAAGAACUGGAUGGUGGACUAUGGCCUAUACUGCAACAGGAAGUACCGCUCGGAGAUGGAGCAGAUCUUUGCUUUUGUAGAUGAAGCAGGGAAGAAGCUGAAUAGACAGAUCAAAGACCUGGAUGACAUUCGCAUUGCUAUGGCUUCGCUCAAGGAGAUCAGAGAACACCAGAUAACUAUUGAUUUCCAAGUUGGUCCCAUAGAGGAGUCCUACGCAAUGCUGCAUAAAUAUGAACUGUCGGUGGCCAAAGAGGAGGCCGAUAAAGUGGACACGCUGCGUUACACCUGGGAAAAGCUGCUGUCCCGCAGCACGGAGGUGCAGAAUGAACUGGUGUCGCUGCAGCCAAACUUCAGAGGAGAACUGCUCAGCAAUGUGGAGACCUUUGUGGAAGACUGCCAACACUUUUACCAGGAAUACGAGAAGGAUGGUCCCAUGGUCGUGGGGUUAGCUCCUCAGGAUGCCAGUGACAGACUCAUCAUGUUUCAGAAUCGAUUUGACAACCUGUUCAGGAAGUACAUCACGUACACGGGUGGAGAGGAGCUGUUCGGACUUCCUGUUACCCAGCAUCCUCAGCUGUUGGAGAUUCGUAAGCAGCUGACCCUGCUGCAGAAGCUGUAUGGCCUUUACAAUAACGUCAUAGAAACAGUCAAUGGUUACUAUGAUAUCCUCUGGGCUGACAUCCACAUCGAAAAGAUCAAUAAUGAACUACUGGACUUUCAGACGAGGUGUCGCAAGCUGCCUCGAGCUCUGAAGGAGUGGCAGGCUUUUUUGGACCUGAAGAAAAACAUCGACGACUUCAGUGAAUGUUGCCCCCUGCUGGAACUAAUGACCAACAAAGCUAUGAUGACGCGUCACUGGAAGAGAAUUACUGAGGUAACUGGGCAUACCUUUGAGGUGGAGACUGACACAUUCAAGCUACGUAACAUUAUGGAGGCACCUCUGCUCAAGUAUAAAGAGGAGAUUGAGGAUAUCUGUAUCAGUGCCGUGAAAGAGAGAGAUAUUGAACAGAAGCUCAAGCAGGUGAUUGCCGAGUGGGACAACAAGACUUUUACAUUUGCCAACUUUAAGACACGCGGAGAGCUGCUGCUGAGAGGCGACAGCACAUCAGAGAUCAUUACCAGCAUGGAGGACAGCCUAAUGAUGUUGGGGUCUCUUAUGAGCAACAGGUACAACACCCCGUUUAAAGGCCAGAUUCAGAAGUGGGUCCAGAAUCUCUCCAACACCACUGAUAUCAUUGAACACUGGAUGACCGUCCAGAACCUCUGGAUCUAUCUUGAGGCUGUGUUUGUGGGUGGAGACAUUGCCAAACAACUGCCCAAGGAAGCGAAGCGUUUCUCGAACAUUGAUAAAUCAUGGGUGAAGAUCAUGAUGCGAGCACACGAAAUGCCCAAUGUAGUGCAGUCGUGUGUUGGAGAUGAAACCAUGGGACAGCUGCUUCCUCACCUCCUCGAACAGCUGGAGAUCUGUCAGAAGUCUCUUACGGGCUAUUUGGAGAAGAAGCGUCUGCUAUUUCCUCGUUUCUUCUUCGUUUCUGACCCUGCCCUGCUGGAGAUCCUGGGCCAGGCCUCCGACUCUCACACAAUCCAGGCCCACCUCCUCAAUGUCUUUGACAACAUCAAAAGUGUCCGAUUUCAUGACAAGGUAUAUGACCGUAUUCUGGCUGUGUCGUCACGAGAGGGGGAGACUGUGGAACUGGAGCGUCCCGUCACAGCAGAAGGGAAUGUGGAGGUGUGGCUCAACGCCCUGCUGAAGGAAUCCCAGAGGUCUUUGCACCUGGUGAUCCGACAAGCUGCUCUGACCAUCCAGGAAACUGGCUUCCAGCUCAUUGACUUCCUCAACUCAUUCCCUGCUCAAGUGGGCUUGCUAGGUAUCCAAAUGAUAUGGACGAGAGACUCCGAGGAGGCUCUGACCAAUGCCCGAUAUGACCGCCGUAUUAUGCCUAAAACCAACCAGCUCUUCCUGGAUCUGCUCAACACAUUGAUUGACAUGACUACGAGAGACCUGGAGGCCGUGGAGAGGACCAAGUACGAGACCCUCAUCACCAUUCACGUCCACCAGAGGGACAUAUUUGAUGACCUGUGCCGGCUGCAUGUCAAAAGCCCCAACGACUUUGAGUGGCUGAAGCAGUGCCGGUUCUACUUUAAUGAGGACUCAGACAAGAUGAUCAUCAACAUCACAGACGUGGGCUUCGUCUACCAGAACGAAUUCUUGGGCUGCACUGAAAGGCUUGUCAUUACACCUUUGACAGACAGGUGUUACAUCACAUUAGCUCAGGCUCUGGGUAUGAGCAUGGGUGGAGCCCCCGCUGGUCCGGCAGGAACAGGAAAGACCGAGACCAUAAAAGACAUGGGUCGCUGUCUUGGAAAGUAUGUUGUUGUCUUCAACUGUUCCGACCAGAUGGACUUCAGAGGCUUGGGAAGAAUAUUCAAAGGCCUGGCUCAGUCUGGCUCGUGGGGCUGUUUCGAUGAAUUCAACCGCAUCAACCUCCCUGUUCUAUCGGUGGCGGCUCAGCAGAUCGCGAUAGUUCUCACCUGCAAGAAGGAGCGUCGCAAAAACUUCAUCUUCACCGAUGGAGACAACGUGGAUAUGAACCCUGAGUUUGGCAUCUUCCUUACCAUGAAUCCGGGUUAUGCUGGUCGCCAGGAGCUCCCUGAGAACCUGAAGAUCAAUUUCCGCUCUGUAGCCAUGAUGGUUCCUGACCGCCAAAUCAUUAUUCGGGUAAAACUGGCCAGUUGUGGCUUCAUAGACAACAUGGAGCUGGCCAGGAAGUUCUUCACUCUGUACAAGCUGUGUGAGGAGCAACUCUCCAAACAGGUGCACUACGAUUUUGGCCUGAGGAACAUUCUGUCCGUCCUACGAACUCUGGGAGCAGCCAAGCGAGCCAACCCCAGCGACACAGAGUCCACCAUUGUCAUGAGGGUUCUGAGGGACAUGAACCUUUCCAAACUGAUCGAUGAGGACGAGCCCCUGUUCCUGAGCUUGAUUGAAGACCUCUUCCCAAGCAUCCAGCUCGAUAAAGCCGGCUACCCUGAGCUAGAGGCCGCCAUCGACACACAGGUCGAGGAUGCAGGUCUGAUCAUCCACCCUCCCUGGAAGCUAAAGGUCAUUCAGCUGUUUGAGACUCAGAGGGUCCGACAUGGCAUGAUGGCCCUGGGGCCCAGUGGGGCUGGAAAAACAACAUGUAUACACACACUGAUGAGAGCUAUGACGGAGUGUGGUCAGCCUCACAGAGAGAUGCGCAUGAACCCCAAAGCCAUCACGGCCCCGCAGAUGUUUGGCCGACUUGAUGUGGCGACAAACGACUGGACUGACGGCAUCUUUUCUACGCUUUGGAGGAAAACGCUGAGAGCAAAGAAAGGAGAGCACAUCUGGAUAGUCCUGGAUGGACCAGUGGAUGCCAUCUGGAUUGAAAACCUAAACUCAGUUUUGGACGACAACAGAACUCUCACACUGGCAAACGGGGACCGCAUACCGAUGGCUCCCAACUGUAAGGUGGUUUUUGAGCCACAUAACAUUGACAACGCCUCUCCAGCCACCGUCUCACGCAACGGCAUGGUGUUCAUGAGCUCCUCCGUGCUCAACUGGAGCCCGAUACUGGAGGGCUGGUUGAACAAACGCUCCCCCCAGGAGGCAGAGGUACUGAGGGAGCUCUUCUCUUCCUCCUUCUCUGAGGUGUACCGCUUCAGUGUGCAGUCGCUGGAGUUUAAGAUGGACAUGCUUGAGGCCUUUGUCAUAAUGCAGUGCAUUAACAUGCUGCAGGGACUCAUACCGCCAAAGGAGCAGUGUGGCGAGUUACCCAGAGAGCACUUGGAGCUGCUGUACGUCUUCGCCCUGAUGUGGAGCGCUGGGGCCUUGCUUGAGCUGGACGACAGGAGGAAGAUGGAAAUGUGGCUCAGAGGAAACGACAGCAUCCGUCUGAACUUGCCAGACAUUCCUCCUGACAGCGAGGACACCAUGUUUGACUACCAUGUCACAGCAGAUGGCCGUUGGGUCCACUGGAGCACCAGAGUGGAGGAAUAUGUUUAUCCGUCUGAGCUCACUCCAGAGUACAGCUCCAUCCUGGUCCCGAAUGUGGACAACGUUCGAACAGAUUUCCUAAUUCAGACCAUCGCCAAGCAGGGCAAGGCUGUUUUGCUGAUUGGAGAGCAAGGGACGGCCAAGACCGUUGUCAUCAAGGGCUACAUGUCAAAGUAUGACCCUGAGAACCACAUAGGCAAGAGCGUCAACUUCUCUUCUGCUACCACACCGCUCAUGUUCCAGAGGACGGUAGAGAGUUACGUGGAUAAAAGAAUGGGGACAACUUAUGGACCUCCAGCUGGGAAGAAAAUGUCUAUUUUUAUAGAUGAUAUCAACCUACCUGUCAUCAAUGAGUGGGGAGAUCAGGUGACUAAUGAGAUCGUCAGACAGCUGAUGGAGCAGAAUGGUUUCUUCAACCUGGAGAAACCAGGAGAGUUCACCAAUAUCGUGGAUGUUCAGUUCCUGGCAGCUAUGAUACAUCCAGGAGGGGGCCGUAAUGACAUACCGCAGAGACUGAAAAGACAGUUUUCCAUCUUUAACUGCACGCUACCCUCUAAUGCUUCCAUCGACAAGAUAUUUGGUGUGAUUGGUGAGGGCUACUUCUGCACACGCCGUGGGUUCACGGAGGAGGUGCAGAGCAUCGUGCCUCAAUUGGUGUCAUUGACCCGCCACCUCUGGCAGCUGACCAAGGUCAAGAUGCUCCCAACGCCUGCAAAGUUCCACUAUAUCUUCAACCUGAGGGACCUGUCCAGGAUCUGGCAAGGCAUGCUCAGCACCAGUGCUGAGGUGAUCGACUCUGUCCAGGUGCUGCUGGCGCUGUGGAAGCAUGAGUGCAAACGUGUGAUAGCCGAUCGAUUCACUAUGCCUGAAGACGUGGAGUGGUUCGACCAGGCUCUGACAAAGCUUGUGGAGGAGGGGCUUGGCGAGGAGCACAAGAACGUAGUGGACUACAGAGUCGACAGAUACUUUGUCGACUUCUUGCGAGACGCCCCUGAGGCUACAGGAGAAGAGCCGGAAGAUACAGACUUUGAUUUGCCCAAGGUGUACGAGCCCAUUGAAUCGUUUGAGAGUUUAAAGGACCGUCUGAACAUGUUCCUGAGCCAUUACAAUGAGAGCAUCAGGGGUACUGGCAUGGAUAUGGUCUUUUUUCAAGAUGCUAUGAUGCAUCUGGUCAAGGUGUCGAGAAUAAUCCGGACACCCGGGGGCAAUGCCUUGCUGGUGGGUGUUGGGGGAUCUGGCAAACAGAGCCUGACCAGACUGGCCUCGUUCAUAGCCGGAUACAAGAUAUUCCAGAUCACUCUCACACGCUCAUACCACACGGCCAACCUAAUGGAUGACCUGAAGAGUUUGUACAGAACAGCCGGGCAGCACGGAAAAGGCAUCAGCUUCAUCUUUACUGACAACGAAAUCAAAGACGAGUCCUUCCUGGAGUACAUGAACAAUGUGCUGUCAUCUGGAGAGGUGUCCAACUUGUUCGCUCGUGAUGAGAUCGACGAGAUCCUCAGUGAUCUCAUCCCUGUCAUGAGGAGGGAGUUUCCCAGGCGACCCCCGACCAACGAAAACUUGUACGAGUACUUCAUGUCACGAGUCCGGCACAACCUCCACGUUGUUCUGUGCUUCUCCCCCGUUGGGGAAAAGUUCCGCAACCGGGCGUUGAAGUUUCCAGCACUGAUAUCUGGGUGCACCAUGGACUGGUUCAGCCGCUGGCCAAAAGAUGCACUUGUUGCAGUUUCAGAGCACUUCCUGUCCGUCUAUGACAUAGACUGUACGCCACAGGUCAAAAAUGAGGUAGUCCAGUGCAUGGGCUCCUUCCAGGAUGGUGUGGCGGAGAAGUGUGUGGACUACUUUCAGCGAUACCGACGGUCCACCCACGUCACACCCAAGUCCUACUUGUCCUUCAUCCAGGGCUACAAGACCAUCUAUAAGGAGAAGAGGUCUGAAGUCCAGACUCUGGCGAACAGGAUGAAUACUGGUCUGAAAAAGUUGAAGGAGGCGUCGGAGUCUGUUGCAGCUCUCAGCAAAGAGCUUGAGGUGAAGGAGAAGGAGCUGCAGGUUGCCAAUGACAAGGCGGAUACGGUGUUAAAGGAGGUUACAGUAAAAGCCCAGGCGGCAGAGCGGGUGAAGGUAGAGGUGCAGAAAGUGAAGGACAAGGCCCAGGCCAUCGUGGACAGCAUUUCAGCCGACAAGGCCAUCGCUGAGGAGAAACUCGAAUCCGCCCGCCCGGCUCUUCAGGAGGCAGAGGCUGCGCUGCAGACAAUCAAGCCGUCGGACAUUGCCACAGUACGAACCCUCGGCCGCCCCCCCCACCUCAUCAUGCGGAUCAUGGACUGCGUCCUGCUGCUCUUCCAGAGGCGAGUCAACACCGUGAAGAUCGACCCGGAGAAGAACUGCAACACUCCGUCCUGGCAGGAGUCCCUGAAACUUAUGACAGCUGGAAACUUCCUUGGCAGCCUGCAGCAAUUCCCCAAAGACUCCAUUAAUGAGGAAAUGGUGGAGCUGCUGCAGCCUUACUUUGAAAUGCCUGACUACAAUAUUGAAACAGCCAAGAGGGUGUGUGGCAACGUGGCCGGCCUUGCAUCCUGGACCAAAGCCAUGGCCUCCUUCUUCUCCAUCAAUAAGGAGGUUUUGCCCCUGAAGGCGAACCUGGCAGUGCAGCAGAAUCGUCUGGCCAUAGCUAACGUGGACCUCCAGAAAGCUCAGGCUGAGCUGGACGCCAAGCAGGCAGAGCUGGAUGUGGUGCAGGCGGAGUAUGAGAAGGCCAUGAUAGAGAAGCAGACGCUGCUGGAGGAUGCUGAGCGCUGCAGGCACAAGAUGCAGACAGCGUCCAGUCUCAUCAGUGGUCUCGCUGGCGAGAAGGAGAGAUGGACAGAACAGAGCAAAGAGUUUGCUGCCCAAACCAAACGCCUUGUUGGUGAUGUUCUCCUGGCCACAGCGUUCCUUUCAUAUUCCGGCCCCUUCAAUCAGGAGUUUCGUAGUCUCCUACUGAAUGACUGGCAGCGUGAGUUGAAGCAACGCUUCAUCCCCUUUGGCAACAACCUCAAUCUGACUGAGUUACUCAUUGAUGCACCCACUGUCUGUGAGUGGAACCUACAGGGUCUCCCCAAUGAUGAUCUGUCCAUUCACAAUGGCAUCAUUGUGACCAAGGGUGCCCGCUUCCCCCUCCUCAUCGACCCACAGACGCAGGGAAAAAUCUGGAUCAAGAACAAAGAGGCCAGGAGUGAGCUGCAGAUCACCUCACUGAACCACAAGUACUUCAAGAACCACCUAGAGGACAGCUUGUCUCUCGGUCGCCCCCUCUUGAUAGAGGACGUCGGGGAGGAGUUGGACCCCGCGCUCGACAACAUCCUCGAGAAAAACUUCAUCAAAACAGGCUCCACUUACAAGGUGAAAAUCGGUGACAAAGAGGUGGACGUUAUGAAGGGCUUCAGGCUGUAUAUGACCACCAAGCUCCCUAACCCGGCUUACACUCCGGAAAUCAGCGCCCGCACCUCCAUCAUUGACUUCACCGUCACCAUGAGAGGACUGGAGGACCAGCUGCUGGGUAGAGUCAUCCUCACUGAGAAACAGGAACUGGAAAAGGAGAGGACUGACCUCUUGGAAGAUGUGACGACUAACAAGAGAAAGAUGAAGGAACUAGAGGACAACCUCCUCUAUCGACUGACCAGCACACAGGGUUCACUGGUGGAUGAUGAAAGCCUCAUUCUCGUCCUGAGCAACACGAAGCGCACGGCUGAAGAAGUCACUCAGAAGCUACAAAUUGCUGCAGAGACCGAGAUCCAGAUCAAUACUGCCAGAGAGGAGUACCGACCAGUGGCCACCAGGGGCAGCAUCCUGUACUUCCUGAUCACAGAGAUGAGCAUGGUGAACGUCAUGUAUCAGACCUCUCUGAGACAGUUCCUGGGACUUUUUGACCUUUCUCUGGCUAGAUCCUCCAAAAGCCCCAUCACCAGCAAACGGAUUGCCAACAUCAUAGAGUUUAUGACCUUUGAGGUGUAUAAGUACGCAGCGAGGGGUCUGUACGAAGAGCACAAGUUUCUAUUCACUUUGCUGCUCACGCUGAAGAUAGACAUGCAGAGCAACAAGGUCAAACAUGAGGAGUUCCUCACGCUCAUUAAAGGGGGCGCAUCUCUGGACCUGAAGGCUUGCCCCCAGAAACCAGCUAAAUGGAUCCUUGACAUGACCUGGCUCAACCUUGUAGAGCUCAGUAAACUGUGGCAGUUCUCAGACAUACUCGAUAAGAUAAGUCGGAAUGAGAAGCAGUGGAAGACUUGGUUUGACAAGGAGGCCCCGGAGGAGGAGGUGGUACCAAACUCUUACGACCAGGCUCUUGACUGCUUUAGACGGUUGCUCCUCAUACGCUGCUGGUGCCCUGACAGGACCAUUGCACAGGCCCGUAAAUACAUAAUGGACGCAAUGGGGGAGAAGUACACUGAGGGGGUGAUUCUGGACUUAGAGAAGAUGUGGGAGGAAUCAGACCCACGGACACCUCUCAUCUGCUUCCUUUCAAUGGGCUCAGAUCCAACUGACUCUAUUAUCGCGCUUGGUAAGAAGCUGAAAAUUGAGACCCGCUACGUCUCCAUGGGACAAGGACAAGAAGUCCACGCUCGCAAGCUUCUGCAGCAGACCAUGGCUAAUGGUGGCUGGGCCUUACUCCAGAACUGCCACCUGGGUCUGGACUUCAUGGAUGAGCUAAUGGACACGCUAACGGAGACAGACUUUGUCAGCGACAGCUUCCGCGUUUGGAUGACCACAGAGGUCCACAGACACUUCCCCAUCACGCUUCUACAGAUGUCAAUCAAGUUCACCAACGAACCGCCACAGGGCCUCAAGGCAGGGCUUAAGAGGACCUAUGGAGGUAUAAAUCAGGACCUUUUGGAUGUGAGCAACAUGGCGCAGUGGAAGCCGAUGCUGUAUGGAGUAGCGUUUCUCCACAGCACAGUGCAAGAGAGGAGGAAGUACGGCCCUCUGGGAUGGAACAUCCCCUACGAGUUCAACCAGGCCGACUUCAACGCCACUGUCCAGUUUGUUCAGAACCACCUUGAUGACAUGGACAUUAAAAAGGGUGUGUCGUGGAACACGGUGCGUUACAUGAUCGGGGAAAUUCAGUACGGGGGGCGCGUGACUGACGACUACGACAAGCGCCUCCUCAACACCUUCGCCAAGGUGUGGUUCAGCGAGGAUAUGUUUGGGCCUGCCUUUAACUUCUACAAGGGCUACAGUGUCCCCAAGUGCUCCAGCGUCGACCAGUACCUAACAUACAUCCAGGGUCUUCCAGCCUACGACACUCCGGAGGUGUUUGGUCUCCACCCGAACGCAGACAUAACCUUCCAGAGUAAACUGGCUAAGGAUGUGCUGGACACCAUCCUCAGUAUUCAGCCCAAAGACAGCUCAUCGGGCGGAGGGGAAACCAGAGAAGCUGCGGUAUCUAGGCUGGCUGACGACAUGCUGGAGAAACUGCCUCCCGACUACGUACCCUUUGAAGUGAGGGAGCAUCUUCAGAAGAUGGGUCCUUUCCAGCCCAUGAACAUCUUCCUUCGCCAGGAGAUCGACCGGAUGCAGAGGGUCAUAGUUCUGGUCCGAAACACCCUCACGGACCUGAAGCUGGCCAUCGACGGGACCAUCAUCAUGAGCGAGAACCUGCGCGACGCCCUGGACUGCAUGUACGACGCACGCAUUCCCGCACGCUGGAAAAAGGCAUCGUGGGCCUCCAGCACCCUGGGGUUCUGGUUCACAGAGUUGCUUGAGCGGAACCGGCAAUUCCAGGUUUGGCUCUUUGAAGGGCGGCCCAACUGCUUCUGGAUGACAGGCUUCUUCAACCCGCAGGGCUUCCUGACAGCCAUGAGACAGGAGAUCACGCGGGCCAACAAGGGCUGGGCCCUGGACCGCAUGGUGCUGUGCAACGAGGUGACCAGGUGGAUGAAGGAUGACGUCACCCAGCCCCCGACGGAGGGGGUGUACGUCUACGGUCUGCACCUGGAGGGAGCCGGCUGGGACCGGCGCAGCUGCAAACUCGUUGACUCCAAGCCCAAAGUCCUCUUUGAGAUGAUGCCUGUGAUCCGCAUGUACGCGGAGAAUAAUGGUGUGAAGGACCCCCGCCUGUAUUCCUGUCCGAUCUACAAAAAGCCGGUCAGGACAGACAUGAACUACAUCGCAGCCGUGGACCUGAAAACCUCCCUCCCUCCAGAAUACUGGAUCCUGCGGGGCGUGGCUCUCCUCUGUGACGUCAAAUGACCGCCUCGCGUUGGCACACCCGGAUGUAACGUGGCCAUUAAUACCCUCCCCCGCAUCAGUCGUGUGAAUGGGGUCCUUCAUUGCGCACGCUGAACUAUUUACAUAGCUAUAUUUUUAUUUAUACACUUCCAAAGUCCUGCUGGCUUAAUGUGGCCAAAUAAGAGCCACGUGCCCAAUAAAUGAGGUGAGAGUGUGUAUUUAGUGCAGUCAACCCCAAGGUCAAAACUGUUAUUAGCACAUUUAAAAGCAUCUUAUUUGUUUUACUUGAGGUCAAAAUGGUCGGAGGCGGCAUUAGCGUGACAACUACAGGUCAGAUUUAAAGGCGGGCGGUAUAUUUGUUGUUUGGUAUUAACUCCAGGGUUUUCAGUAUUAUGAAAGAGGCCCUCAGUUUUUUAAUUAUAGAUUUUCUCUGUUCCUUUCAGAGAAGUUGGGUCAUUAAUCAUCCAAUAAUCGUGCUGAGUGCUCCUUUCCUCUUUGUACCCAUUUGUAUUCUUAAAUUUAAAAUUAAGCUUUACUUGAAAAUUGAAACACAAACUGCACUGCCUCACUCAGUGAUUCAACCGACCCUGAGUCCAGUCGUACUGCAUCUGUCUGUCUGCCCACCACCAAGGACCGUUACCCAAUCUCAAAUGUGUUUUCAGGGAAAUAAAGAGGACUGAUUCAAGAUUUUAAGGACAGCAUUGGUGAUAUAACAGCCCCACAUGGCCCAGUUUAACUUCACUUCUCUUCUUCUUUAUAAUGGUAAAUAAUGGCACUCUGCAGAACUGAAAUACAUAGAAAUGUUUAUUAAGUUUUUACAAAAAACAAUGGCGUCAUGAAAACAUCAAAACACUUUUUUGGUAGAAUUUUCUUUUCUUACAAAACCACCGUACUCUAUACGCGCUCUGAUGCUACCCUGUACACACAUCAGGUUUGGACUUCCCAAAAUAAAGUCUCGACACUAAAAUCAUCUCCGUGUGCCAUGUCUUUCAUGGGCCGGAUGCAUAAAGCUUUAUGUGCACAAAGAAAGACUUAUCGCAAUCUUUAUGAGAUCUGAUUCACCACUUAAUAUUACAUUUAUAAUUUCAUUUUCUUUUUUCAGAUUGAUGCGAAGAUUUCAAAAAGUAACGCAAUUAGAUUUGGCGUCUCAUCCUAAUCUCCUUAUUUACCCAGCAGUUUGAUCUGAAGUCUGUGCAUCUUUAUGCAUCUGGCCCUAGAUCUUCUGUUGUCAGCACGCAUUGACAGAUCUGAUCAAAACCGUAAACGCAGUCAGUGCAGACAAGAUGAUGAAAGUGAAAAGACUGCUUUGGAAAACCUGGCCCUGCAAGAAUAUCACAAUAUAUUCAUAGAUUCUGUGUUUUCCUUUUAUAGUCCCCCGCUGCCUUUAAGAUACAUCCACGACUCCGUGCUUCUAACAAGGCUGAUGAACUUAUGUACACGUUGUACACCUUGUUGGCUGGCUGUGUCUUUUUUUUUUUUUUUUUUUAACCUAAAUCUUUGUCAUGCCAUUUUCCCUUUUAUUAUUUGUCAUUUGCUUCGAUUUUCAAAUCAGUCUGGCCCCGUUCUGACCUCGUGGAAAGCUUUAAGUACAGUUGUGGACACACCGAGGACGUGUUGAGGUUACAUUUAAUGGACCCGAUCUCAGACCACGUUUAGAGGUGGUCUGGAAUGUAUUUGACUGUAUUCCUUUGCUAAUGUGAACACACAAUGCAUCCUGGGUAACAUCAAGGACCGCCCGUUCAGCAGAGUUUAGUCUCAUUUAUUCAGGAAAAACAACGCCUAUUAGAAGUGGUUGCCUUGAAAAAGGAAAAGAACACCAUAAGUGAUGUCUGUUCAUUGGUAAUGAGAAACUACUCUGUCCUUGUAGUUUUUAACCAGCUCGUUUUUUAAACAAACCUAAACAAAGAGUUAACAAAUGAAAUGAUUUAAUAAUGUGAGUACACAGUGUGCGAUUCUGUCAUUAAUAAACAUGUCGGCAUGUGGUUACGUUCAUUACUGACGCCACCACGCUGAUAUAUAAGGAACCGUGCGGAGCUGAGUUACGCGUUUCCUCAAUAGUAAAUUUAUUACCAGAGAUUUUUUUGUCACUGCUCCAACAGCACAGCGGUGAAAUUACAGCACGCGAGGAACCUUCCAGGGCUCGGUUAUAAUCUGAGCUUUGUACAUCAGGGCUGAGACAGAUGGAUAAAUAAAUAAUAAAUAAAUAAAUAACAACACGUGUGCUGCCUUCAGUCAAUGAGAGAGACUUCACAGCCUGUCUCAGUUGUGAUACAGUUGUAGGUAGUAAUCCACUGCAGACAGCAGCUGUUACAACAUUCAACCCCAAAUGAUGUCGGUGUUUAUUCGCAUACGGAGAAUGAAACUGAGAUCGGAUCUCAAGUGCAACCAAAGGUGUGAACACGGGUACUACAGCUGGACAUUUGUCCCAGGUUAGAUGUUGAAGGAAGAAAAAAAAAAAAAAACGAGGCC